UUGUGUGAUGGCAUUAGGUAUUAUGGAAGGGGGAGAAAAUAGUCCGUCUGAUGAGGAGGUAACAUCGUUUGGACAUUACUUGAAUGACUUUGAUAUUGACAUAAUGAUGAUGUGGCUGUGCAUUGUCAUGAUUGACAAGUCUAUGCAUACGAAAGAACCUAUUAGGGACAGUCGGUUGUCGGGACCGGAAUGGAUGAGGGAGCUUCUUUGUGGACAUUCUGAUAGAAUAUAUGAAGCUUUUAGGUUGGAAAGACAUGUGUUUUUGAACCUGUGUGAUUUAAUGAGAGCAAGAGGCUGGUUGAAAGAUAAUUGGUAUGUUAAGGUAGAUGAACAAGUUGGGAUCUUUUUAUCUUUGAUUGGUCAUGGUAACUCUAAUAGAGAGUUAUGUGAGAGAUUUCAACGCUCGGGAGAAACUGUCAGCAAGUAUUUCACCGAUGUGUUGAAAGCAUUUAUCAAACUAGCAAAGGAGAAUAUCAAACCACCUUCAUUUGAUGUUGUCCCGGAGGAGAUUCUUAUGGAUCAUAACCAUAAACGCUACUUCAAGGGCUGCAUAUGUGCUAUUGAUGGCACCCAUAUUAAUGCUUCCGUCCCCGUGUCGAAGCAAAUCCCAUAUAGAGGCGGGAAAGGGAUUACCACUCGGAAUGUGUUGUGCGUUUGUUCAUUUGACAUGAAAUUUACUUUCAUUUGUGCUGGGUGGGAAGGAUCUGCCAACGAUUGUGAGUCCUUUCGGCAACACUGGAGACUCCUCGACUGCAAUUUCCUCGACCACCACCAGGCAAAUACUAUGUCGUAGAUUCUAGUUAUGCAGCACUUCCGGGAUUUUUAACCCCAUUUAGAGGUGAAAGGUAUCAUCCGAAUGAUUAUAGGGGUAGAGGAAGGCGACCUAAAACGGCAAGAGAAUUGUUCAAUCAUAGGCAUUCUUCGCUAAGGAAUGUC